AUCAUUUCACAUCCAAGAAAACAAAUCAAAACAUAUAAGACGAUUUUCAGAAUGGCCUCAUCUAUAGCUAAUUGUAUGCAAAUUAUCUCAGCUAAUCCAGCCAAGAAAUCCAUUGCAAUUCCAUCAAACUUUUUGGGUACAAAGAUUUCACCUUUGAAUAUUAGUACUGCUCACAAGAACAAGAAACAUAGAUCUUUGAAAGUGGUAGCUGCAGUUGGAGAUGUGUCUUCUGAGGGAACAACUUAUUUGAUUGCUGGUGCUGCUGCUGUCGCAUUGCUUGGAACUGCUUUUCCUAUACUCUUUUCCCGCAAAGACACGUGUCCAGAAUGUGAUGGAGCAGGAUUUGUGAGGAAAGGAGGGGCAACUUUGAGAGCAAAUGCAGCUAGAAAGGAUCAAGUUCAGAUUGUAUGUGCAAACUGCAAUGGUCUUGGCAAGCUCAACCAAGUUGACAAGUAAAGAGCAGCAGAUUAGACAAUAGUAUAAUACUACUUACUAUAUAAUUACUUCUUACUUUGUACCUGUCGAACUUCUUUUUUAUUUUCUUUCGUUGGGUAUAUUUAUAGCUGUAGAACUUGUAAUCAUGUAUACAGGAAUUUCUCCUUCAAUACAUUUGCAAGUUCUAAUAUUCUUUAUAUUCUCAAAAUGCCCAUAAUUUCUCUUGUUUAGAAACUCCAAUUAGUUCCUAACUGAGUUUAUACAA